GCCCAAGCGGAGGUAUUUGGCGGAGGAUAUGACAUCGUAUAUGAAUCAGUACUGGUGCAGAACCGCGCAUUCAAAUGGCUGUCUUUAAUGCAAACAGCGGGGUAAAGGUCUUUCUCAUUGGAAUGGGCAUGUCUAACGCUUUGAUAUCCAUAAAUAAUGCGGCCACGCAGAGAGAAGCACUCGAGUUACUUGCUAGCAGUAAGCAUUGCGGUAUUCGCGAUGCGAUGAAGCUAAUGCUUUGUUUAGACUCAAUACCUCCAAUAAUGGAUCUCGUAACACACCGUGUGCCGUUCAAUGUCGAUGCAGUAAAGAAGGCAUUUGAGGCUAUGGCCAGGGGGAGAGGAUAG